AUGGACGCUUCGGAAAUCCUCCGUAUCAUUGCCGCACUCAACACGCGCGCACUCCGGGCGGAACGCUCUCAAGGAAAACUCGACCACGAGCUGGCCACCACCCACGAAGCACUCAAACAAACCACCGAUGAGCUACAGGAGACUGUCCGCUUGGCUGACCUUCUUUAUGAAGUCAGCCAGAGAAUGGGAGCCGUGGCGGACUAUCUGCUGAAAGAGCACAGUAUCAAAAAGGGCAGCCAAGACCCCGAGUCGUUCGAAAUAAUGCUCAAUAACGUGGUGAAGAAACUUGAAGUUGAGGAGUCAAGGAAUGGUGAGGAGAAAGCUGCCCAUACCCCUCACGCCGAGGCCUCGGGGGUCACGGAGCUGGAAAGUUGA